UAAUCAGAUAAACCUGAUUAAUGUUGGUGGGCCUUGAAAUAAUGGGCCCAAUAAAGGAGCGGCAAGUUGUGUGUUCCUAAUUCCUAAACGUUGUGUUGGGGCAUUUUCAUUUUCUGGGAUAGACGAAGUAGGGAACAAAAAUUGGAAAAAAAGAAAAAGAGAGACUCUUUUGAACAACAAACAUGGAAAAAAAAUGGGUAGACUUUUUAGUCCAAUCAAAGAGCAGAGUUGUUUCAUCUUCUUCGUCUGAAUAAUUUAUGGGUCUCAUUAAGCUUGUACGAUUUCUGGAAGAAGAAGGAAUCAAAGGGCACAUUUGUUGAUUCCGCUUUUACAAAUCUCCUUCUUAGCCGCCUCCAGUGAAGCAACAUAUACCUCGGUGUAUCAAAGUUUGUUUUCGUCCGUCAAUUAUAACAGUCCGUCAGGUUUGUUUUAACAAAUUGCGACGACGACCGUCUCCGUUUGCACCAACUGAAUAUUUUUGAGGAGGGAAUUAUGGCGCCAAAUGUUUUAAAAGGCAGAUGAUGACACGUGGACUCGCCUCAAUCUGACGGUCAACUAUUUUCCGGCGAUCUUCUUCCGAUUCUUCAGCCCAGAGCUUUUGAGGAAACAUCACAAUGUCAGAUCCAAAACUGAAUCCUGUGGAGGAUACACUAGUUGCUGAUGCCAAGAGCUCACAAAUUCAAUUAGCCAAGGACGAUACUUCAGGUGGAACCAUACUUGGAAGGUUACUGCAGUGCCAGUGUUGUUCAAUGACCCAUAAGUUCUGGGAGACUCAACCUGUUGGGCAGUUUAAAGAUAUCCAGGACACGAGUUUGCCUGAAGGCCCAAUUGAGCCCGCAACUUUGGUGUCUGAGGUCAAGCAAGAGCCGUACUACCUUCUUGGUCAAUUCGAAUGGACCAUAUGCGAUGUGAACUCUGAUGAUGUGUGUUCAGAGAUGUACAACUUUCUCAAGGAAAACAAUUCUGAUGGGGGAUAUAUCAAGUAUAAUUACUCCAGGGAGUAUCUAAGGUGGGCAUUGUGUCCACCUGGUUAUUACCGGAGCUGGCAUAUUGGAGUCCGUGUCAAGACCUCCAAGAAACUUGUUGCUUUCAUCAGUGGCGUGCCAGAAAGAAUUAGGGUGCAUGAUGAGGUUGUUAAAAUGGCAAAGAUCAAUUUCUUGUGUGUUCACAAGAAGCUCAGGUCUAAGGGACUUGCUCCUGUCAUGAUCAAGGAGUUGACUAGAAGGGUUCACUUGCAGAAUAUAUGGCAAGCGGCUUAUACCUCACGUCAUAUACUUUCUAGACCAGUCACCACCUGUAGACACUGGGUCAGAAUGUUGAACCCGAAGAAGCUAAUCGAUGCUGGGUUGACAAGGCUUCGUGACAGAAUGACAUUGAGCAGGACCGUCAAACUUUACAAGUUACCAGAUGCACCGAUCACUCCUGGAUUUAGGGAAAUGGAGCGCCGUGAUGUCCCCGCUGUUACAGAGUUGCUCAGGAAAUACCUUUGCCAGUUUGGAGUUGCGACUGACUUUGAUGAAAACUAUGUCAAGCACUGGCUUCUCCCAAGGGAAAAUAUCAUCUACAGUUACUUAGUAGUAAGCCCUGAAACUCAUGAUGUCACUGACUUCUGCAGCUUCUACACUGUCUCUAUAACUAUCCCCGGUAACCAGAAAUACACGACAGUGAAAGGUGUUUAUUCUUACUGCAAUGUAGCGACACUGACCUCGUUUCCCCAGUUGAUGAAUGAUGCACUAAUCGUCGCUAAGCAAAAAGGUUUCGAUGUGUUCUAUGCAUCGGAUGUGAUGCAGAAUGAGAGUUUCUUGAAAGAGUUGAGGUUUUAUCCAGGAUGUGGACAGGUGCACUACUAUCUCUACAAUUACCGUUUGAGAAAUGGAUUAAAGCCAUCAGAACUUGGGAUUGUUCUCUAGUACUGUUAAAAUCUCUACUACUGUUCUCUAGUACUGUUAAAAUCUCUAAUGUGAACAAUCUAUGAUCAUUAAACCAAUGUGUAGCCUAAGAUUCCUCUUCCUAGAUAUCAUUUGCAAGUAAUAUAAACAAACGUUUAAAGCCUU